UAAGCAUUCAAGAGUUGCUUACGUUCGGUUCGUUCGCAUUUCUUCUCUAUCUUAUAUAAUAUUAUAUUUUCUCCUAAAUCAAUUUUUUCACUACCAACAACAAUAAUUAAAACUCAACUUUUCAACAAAACUCGUGUCAACUAACCUAACUUUUACAACUCUAACGUCUCUACUUUCUGUUUUAUAAAACAAAAUAAAAAAAAAAAGCAAAAACAAAUACCAAAGCUUAUUUAAGUCGACAACAACAAUAUUUCAUUUGAACUUGUUUACCAAAAAUCACAAUAAUAAAAAAUAUACAAAAACAACAAUAAUUAUUAUUAUUAUAACAAUAACAACAACAACAAGCCAAAAGGAUAUAUGGAGCAAUACAAUUACCAAACCCGAUCCCCUCGCAGUUGACCGAACCGCUUUAUUUGAAGCCCUCCCCCCGCUCAUUGUGUAAAAACAAACGUAAACGUAAACGCAAAUGUAAAAAUCGAUAAACCACACGCAGCCAACGCAAACGCAGCAAAACGUGUCCCUGUCCAGAGAGACCCAAAAAAAAAAAAAAAAAAACACCAAAAAAAAAACAAAAAGCAAAAGACCCCAAACUCGAGCCAAAGUUGACCAAAAAAGUUGACUACGGCUCCUCGACCAGGAGAGAGCAUGAGUAAAGCGCAGAAAUGUGUAAAGUGGCUGUGAAAUUUGAAGUAUCCUAACCAAAACCGAAAACCAAAAACCAAAUACCAAGAACCGCAAACCAAUUUAUCAACGUAUUAUAUAAAAAAAAAACGAAUAAAAUGCAAUUUACAAUUGGAAAUUGAAUUAUGAUCGAAUGGGGCUAGACGCAGCAAUGCGAAUGCCGAGCCAUAAACUCGAACUAAGUCAACUCUAAACUCUAUUUUAAUUUCGGCGAGCCAUUCUAUUUUUCAUAUGCGAAAUAAAAAGUGCAACAUUUCCUUUCCGCUUUGCCACCAAAAAAUACCCCCUAGGACGGUCUUUGCUCGCACGAAACAAACAACUCGCUUCAGCACUUAACACUAUCAACUAGCCUACAACUGACAACUGUUAACCGCUCAAUCGCUCAAUCACUCAAUCAGUCAAUCAUUGUCACCCCAAUCAAAAUGCCGCGCUGCCUGAUUGCCAAAAAAUGGAAAGCAUAUCCCUGGCUGGAUCGCUCAGAGGAUACAGCCACAACGACGACGACGGCGGCGACCACGAGCUCCCGGGAGGAGCAGCUGUCGCCCAAUCUCAAGUCACGUCGCUCCACGCUCGACGAUGACGAGGAGAUCGAUGUUGUUGGCGACAAGCUCCUUACCAAGUCCGACAAGCAACGCACAAUUAUUGUCACAACAGCAGCAGCAACAGCCGCAGCAGCAACAAACGACAGCACAACAACAACAUUAACAGCAACAACAACAGCAACAACAACGGCAGCAGCAACAACAACAACAACGACAAAGUGCUGGGGACCCAGCUCACCAACAGCGGGCACCACGGCGCCAAGUCCGCCGCCGCAUUCGCCGGAGGCAGCGACGCGAGGAGCCACCAAUGCCUACAAUGGCUACACGCGUGAGCUGUCGCCUCCGCACUACACCGCGUACCUGCCCCGGAUGGAGAGCGAGAUUACGGUUAUACGAGCAGCGGCCACAGCGCUGGUGGCAGCAGCCGCCACAAACGCAGGCGGCGGAGAACAGCAGCAGCAGCAUUUGGCCGCGUAUCAGACGCCGCCCUCAUCGACGACAUCGUCGCCCUCGUGCUCGCCCAGCGGCGCCUUGCAUGGCGAUAGAUAUAGUCCCGGCAUGGUCCACAUCAAGACCGAGUCCGGACAGACGAGCAGCGAGCGCAAAUGCUUUAGCAGCACGGGCGCGACGCUGUCGCUGCCGCCCAAAAAGAAAGACAUCUACAGGCCGUACUCGCUGGACGACAAGCCGGCGCACGGCUAUCGGAGGCGUGUACCCGCCGAGGAGGACCUGCAUGCCGCGCACGCCAUACUCGAUCUGAGCGCCUCGACCGCAUUCCACCCACCCACGCAGCCACACCAACUGCAGCAGCAGCAACAGCAACAGCAACAGCAGCAUCUUGGCCACAUGCACACAGCACAUGGCCAUAUGGAGGCGCAUGCGCAUGUGCGGAGCACGUCAUCGAUUGCCGAACUGGCGGCUGCGGCCAGCGCAGUUAACGAACAACGCCCCUUAAGCAAUGCCUCAAGCGCGAGCAGCAGCCACCUGCCGCCUAGUAGCCCGGCCAGCAGCCACAGCAGCAGCAGCCAAAGCAGCAGCAAUGUGCAGAACGAGAACAGCAACACGACCAACACGAAUCAGCUGCGUCCUGGUCUGGGUCUCUCUAUGGAAUGCGAUGCGGAUGGCGAUGGCGAUGUGGAUGGCGGGCAGGCAGCCAAGACCGUGGCGUACACCUACGAGGCCUUCUUUGUGAGCGAUGGCCGCUCAAAGCGCAAACAUGUGGCCGAUCCGGCCGCAAUUGUGGUCCAGGAUCAGCAAAAGACCAAGUACACGUGCUCCGAGUGUGGCAAGCAAUAUGCCACCUCCAGCAAUCUGUCGCGCCACAAGCAGACGCAUCGCUCCUUGGACUCGCAGUCGGCCAAGAAGUGUCACACUUGCGGCAAGGCUUACGUCUCGAUGCCCGCCCUCGCGAUGCACGUGCUGACGCACAAACUCUCGCACAGUUGCGGUGUUUGCGGCAAGUUAUUCUCGCGCCCCUGGCUGCUGCAGGGUCACCUGCGCUCCCAUACCGGGGAGAAGCCGUACGGGUGUGCGCACUGCGGCAAGGCCUUUGCAGAUAGGUCCAAUCUGCGGGCGCACAUGCAAACGCACUCGGUGGACAAGAAUUUUGAGUGCAAGCGCUGCCACAAGACGUUCGCGCUCAAGUCGUACCUAAAUAAGCAUCUGGAAUCGGCCUGUCUUAAGGACGAGGAGGAGCUAAUGAUGGCCAUGUCGCUGCAUGGACAUACCGAUAGCAACAGCGAAAGCGGUGCCAGCUUGGCAUCGCCGCCGCACGAGUUUCUCGAUCGUGUGAAGGUGGAGGCGCCCGCAAAUGGAAUCGGAGGAGUCGGAGUGGGAGUUGGAGGCGUCAGCUAUGCCAUGUAAAUGUUGAGUAAGUGUGGCCGAAUGCCAAAAGCCCUAGUUAAUUUAAAGUUAAUGUUAAACAGAAAGUUAUCGUUAUCGAUUACUGAUCGAUAGCCGUUAUCGUUAUCGAACCGCUAGCAGUUUUUAUGAAUGAAAAGAAAAGAAAAAAAUACGAUUACAUACUUGACAUCACAAUACGUCCAAAAAGCAAGUGUAGUAGAGUAACACAGAGACUGUAGAAAUUCGCAUUAGACACCUUAGGCAGCAAAUACCUUUAAAAAAAAAACUAAUUAAAAAAAGUAUUAAAAUAAAUAUAAAAAAGCGAAAACAAACUAAAUACACUUAGCGAAACCUAAUCUCGUUCUUCUUUUAGUCUUAAGCGAGUUGAACAUUCCUAGGCCCCAAAAAGAGAAAAACACAAGAACCUAACCCAUACAUAUAUACUAUAUAUAUAUAUAUUUGACACACGCCACGAACACACACAUUAAAGCCUUUUGCAGGAGGUGCGAUCCGAAUGCAAUCCAAACCUGAACUUGAGCAAUUCUUUCUAUGCUAUAUCUAUAUCUAUGUAACGAAAUAUAUACACAUUAAUGAUGUACUAUAACCUGUAGCUCUAUCAAAACUCUUAGUCUUUAGCUCUCCUCUCUCUUUAAUCCAAAAACAAAAAAAAAAAAAAAAAAACUAAAC